CGCAGUCAGUGCAAGGGUCUGCAAACUAUGGUCCGAAGUUGCCUUGGAUAAUUUGUGGCAAAAUCAUCGCGUGCGCCCAUGCGACCUGUUUACAAUACUUUGCCCAAUGCACCUCUCCCCUUCCUAUAAACUGAUGUUCGAGGGGUUACCCGAUCCCGCGGGAUGGGCGCGGUUCCUGACAUAUGCGCGUCGCGUUCGCCGCAUAACUUUUGAAUACUCUCUGAACUUCCCCCUCGAAGAAAUCAGUCAUGAAGCCCUGGAGGAUAUGGGCAUGACGCGAACUACGGCAACGAUACUGCCCAGCUUGACCAGCCUUACCUGGGACUGCAAGGAUACGGUGGUGGCGUUUGACUCUGUCAUGUUUCUGCAUCAAGGCAUACGGGAGUUUAUCUGGUACCUCCCGAAAGUCGUGCGAUACUCUCAUCCCUUGUCUUCCUUCUUCACCAACGUCGCGGCUCGGAUGCCUGAUCUCGAUACAUUCGAGCUCCGUUCUGUUGCCCCCCUCAAAUUGAUCCAAAAGGACCUUCUCGAAUUUCUUCCAAAGUUGAGGAAGCUGCGGAAACUCGGACUCCCCAUAUUUUAUGUCACGCCGGAGGUGGCGCAAACGCUUGCUACAAUCCCCUGCCUGGAGACCAUCUAUUACUCCGAUAUUAGUUCGCCAUCCUACGGGAACUCGGAAGACGUGGAAGUAUUCCGCCCUAGCCUGAGCAGCGACUCCUUCCCUGCGUUGAAGAGCCUCGAGAUAGCCGUCCAUACCCCUGAAUUCCACCACAUGGGGUCUACCUGGUCGAUGCACAACCUAACUACGCUUCACCUCCAAGAAGUGACACCACUCCUUGCUGACACCGCUCUCAGCGUCGUCACCUGCAUCUGCACUCAGUGUCCCUCCCUUGAAAAUCUAAUCCUCGACUUCCGCUGCUCCAUGUUAAUCGCGGACGAACAAAUGAUCGUCGACGAUGACGAAGUGGAAAUCGACAUGGAACCGAUAGAUAUCAAAGUCAUUGAGCCGCUGUUUCAAAUGCGACACCUCCAGCAUUUCACGAUAUCUCAUGACCGCGUUCUAGAGUUAUCUCACGAAGAUAUGGACACUAUCGCCUUUCGCUUCCGCAACUUGAAGAGUAUUGUACUUAACCCUGAGCCAUUCGUUACGGUCAAGUCAGCUCUGACAUUAGGAGCGCUCAAUUCGCUACUCCGCGAAUGUCCCAACAUUGAGGAGAUCGGCUUGUACAUUGACGCGACCCAGCCUGCUUUUGACAUGUUGGAUAUACCCGAAGAUAAAGAGGUAGGACGCGCCCUGAAGACGUUACGUUUCGGCACGUCCUACAUCGAAGAAGUGCACUCUGUGGCCAACUCGCUCAGCAAGAUCGUGCCGGUCAGUUGUACGGUCUCUCACGCGUUGCAGCACCGUGCACAUUACAUCGCCGACUGGGAUCUCACGACGUGCUCCAACCGGUGGAAGGAGGUGGGCGAGGUGGCAGCUUUAUUGACAACGGCCCGAGAGGAGGAGAGGCAGAGGACCAGGGAGCUGCAACUGGAGAUGGAGCGUCUGCGCGCGCAGCUCACACAAGCUACACAACGAUGAACGCCGCGACUUCUGCAGCGGCACGACAGUCCUCUUGGUCUCAGUGGGACGCUCCCAACUCGCUCCCCCAGUAGGGGAGGAGUAGCUCGGUGCGCACGCUUCCAUCAAUCCACAUCAGUGGGACGGGCCACUGCGUGCCAAUGCCCUUCGAAGAUAUGGGUGGCUGAGGGAAGAGCACAAAACGGAGCAAGACCGGAGGAGGAUGACGG